GAAUAAUCGAACGAUACAUCCCACAGCGAAUCCCUCCACGCUCCCUUAAGUUCCGGUCUGAUACGUUUUCGGUCGAAGACCGCUCGGGAGAACCGUCCGUCUUCUUACACGCGUAAGAGGCUUCAUCAUCAAAGGCCUUCACAGUUGAUUCUCCUCCCAAUUCCACCAGGCCCAGAGCUCCGCAAGAUCUAUCACCACAAUGGCGGACGACACAAGGCAGCCCUCCGACCAACCUCCUCGCCCCAAGGGCCCCGCAAAUAUCAUGCCGGGCGGCACCGCCCACACCGCGGGCGGCGAGCGCGCCGACGCCCAAGGACCACGCUACAUCGACGUAGUCCGGAGCCUGCCCGCAGACUACUAUCUCCACUUCUACAAGCGGCCGUGCGUGCGAGACAGCCAAUUGACGGGGAUAGGCGCUGGCUUCGUGGGUGGAAGCGUUGCUGCAAUAAUGCGAAAAAACGUACGAACCUGCUCCAACUACGCCGUAGCAACCUGGUGCGCCGCAUCCUGCAUCCACUACCAGAUCUGCCAAUACUACCGGUCGCGCGAGAAAGACGGCAUGCGGCAAGCGCGGGAACUCAUGGAGCGAAAACGCGCGACUAUCGAAGCGAGGAAAGAAGCACGCAGAAGGGCAAGGGAAGAGCAGGAGCGUUUAGAGGAGGAGCGGAGGAAAGAGGAGGAGAGGAGAAAGUCGUGGGGGUACUGGAUCAACAAGAAUGUGAAGUUUUGGUAGAAUGAAUUGCCUGGGAGAGAAGGGUGAUAUUGCGGUAGAAAGCUAUGUACAGAAACGUGUAUGAAAAAUUGUAGUAUACGGAGUAACCCCCUGCGCUCCGAGCGUAUCCAAGUUGAAGUAACCCCGU